GGUGUGAGAAACCUACUCAUUUUCUGAGUAGGACCAUUGGUGAGGGGGAGGGGAGGGACAUUCACCCAUUUCAAAAACAGGACACAACCCACCUGCACAGGGAUGGAGCCUGAACCCAGUAGCCAGAGGCUGCUGUGAAAUACAAAGGGAAGCUGUUGGGAUUCCUGUCCCUGUCCCUGGCUCAGAGCUCUGCUUCCCGUAUCAGCCUAUGGCUGGCAGGCGUGUGGGAAAUGAGAAGACGCUGCCCUGCUCUGUGUGCUGGGGGGGGACAAGGAGCUCUCACCUUCUCCCCACCCCCUGAAGCCUCCUGGCUGCUCUGAUGGGUAGGGGUCUGAUUCUGCUACUCUGCCCCUCCCAGAGCUUUUCACUCUUUCGCAUGACUAGCGAGAUUGUGGCUGGAGCAGCAGGUGCUGAGUGGGGGACUUUUGUUGUUUCAGAUGCCGGUGACCUUCGAGGAGGUGGCUGUGUAUUUCACCCAGGGGCAGGGGGCUCUGCUGGACCCCGCUCAGAAAGCUCUCUACAGGGACGUCAUGCAGGAGAAUUACGAGAUGGUGACCUCACUGGGAUUCUCCCUUCCCAAACCUGAACUGAUCUCCCGCCUGGAACGAGGGGAAGAGCCGUGGGUCCCAGAUCUCCAGGUCUGCAAGGAAAGAGAGAGCCCGAGAGGUGUCCGCACAGGUACUGAUCGAGUGAGUGAAAAAAAGGAGGAGAAUCAUCAUGAGGAAGUUCCUGGGGAAGUGGAACUACAGGGGACCUUUGUGGGAAGAGCUGAAGGGAAUUUUUCCCAGUGCUGGGAACAGGGAGAAGCCUGGGGAAAUUGGCACACGUCAGAGAGGCUGCAGGGAAACCACGGAAGGAAGAAGGUGGAUGAAUCUAUUAAAUGUGGGGGAGGAGACAAGGAUCCCACAACCCAGCAGAUAAAUUCCAAGGAAGACAAACGCUAUGAAUGCCUCGGUUAUGGAGAAGGAUUCAUUAUGAGAUCGCUGCUUGUUACACAUCAGACAAUCCAUACUGGAGAGAAACCCCUUCAAUGCUCAGACUGUGGGGAAAGCUUCAAUAAUCACUCAGCCCUGAAUAACCAUGGGAGAAGCCACAGAAGAGAGAAAACCUAUCAAUGCCUUGAGUGUGGGAAAUGUUUCAUUUGGAAGUCAGAACUAAUUAGACAUCAGCUAAGCCACACAGGAGAGAGACCCCAUAGGUGCUUCGACUGUGGGAGAAGUUUCAAACAGAGGUCAGACCUUGUUAAUCAUCAGGCAAUCCACACAGGAGAGAGACCCCAUAAGUGCUUAGACUGUGGGAAAAGUUUCAUACGGAGGUCAAUCCUUGUUAAUCAUCAGAGAAUCCACACAGGGGAGAGACCCCACAAGUGUGUGGACUGUGGGAAAAGUUUCACAUGGAGGUCAGACCUUAUUAAACAUGAGAGAAUCCACACAGGAGAGAGACCUCACAAGUGCUUCCACUGUGGGAAAACUUUCAGUCGGAAGUCAACUCUUUUAAAACAUCACGCAUUACACACAGGAGAGAGACCGCAUAAGUGCGUGGACUGUGGGAAAAGUUUCAUACAGAGGUCAGAUCUUGUUAAACAUCAGCACAUCCACACAGGAGAGAGACCCCAUAAUUGUUUAGAUUGUGGGAAAAGUUUCAUGCGGAGGUCAGACCUUGUUAAACAUCAGGCAAUCCACACAGGAGACAGACCCCAUAAGUGUGUGGACUGUGGAAAAAGUUUCAUACAGAGGUCAGACCUUCUUAAACAUCAGAGAAUCCACACAGGAGAGAGAUCCCACAAGUGUUUAGUUUGUGGAAAAGGUUUCAUAUGGGGGUCACACCUCGUUAAACAUCAGAGAAUCCACACAGGAGAGAGACCUCACACGUGCUUAGACUGUGGGAAAUGUUUCAUACAGAGGUCAAACCUUGUUAGACAUCAGUCAAUCCACACAGGAGAGAGACCCCACAAGUACUUGGACUGUGGGGAAAUUUCACGCAGAGAUCACACCUUAUUAAACAUGAGAGAAUCAACACAGGAUCUAAACUUCUCUGACACAGAAUCAGAAGGUGUUAAGGAAAUUGCAUGUAAUUGACCUAGAUUCAAACUUUAGAGACGUUAGAAAAGUGUGUCCUUGUUAGAUAAACUAGAGCUUCGAGAGGUAAACAUGUAUUGUUAAAGACAGGGAAGAAGAUGGUAACUGUAGUAGUCUUUGUUUAGCUAUAUCUUGUUAACCUCUAACAAUGGAAAUAAAUGGUUCCUGUCUAGGGCUGUAUUCUGUGAAUUCAGAGAUCAAAAGGGAAUAUUAACAUUUAGAUAAAACUUGGUUGUAAUAAUGUCAUUUCAGGUUUCAGAGUAACAGCCGUGUUAGUCUGUAUCCACAAAAAGAAGAACAGGAGUACUUGUGGCACCUUAG